AUGAACCUCACAAGUCAACCUCCAGUAACCUAUUUCAUUAUUAAGGGGAUAUCGGAUGUCCCAGAACUGCAGGUUCCAAUUUUCCUACUGGUUCUGCUGAUUUAUCUCAUGAUUCUUGGUGGUAACAUGACUAUUUUUCUGCUUGUUUGUAUGGACCAUCACUUGCACACUCCCAUGUACUUCUUCCUGUGUAAUCUCUCCAUCAUGGACAUUAUGUCCAGCACUAUCACCCUACACAAGGUCCUUGUGAAGUUCCUCUCAGGAGACAGCACGGUUUCCCUCCAUGCCUGUAUGACACAAAUAUUUGUUUUUACUUCCUUGGUGUGCAAUGAGCUUCUAAUUCUUACAGCUAUGAGCUAUGAUCGCUAUGUAGCCAUCUGCAACCCAAUGCAUUAUUUAACUAUAAUGAGUGGUAGAGUCUGUGCCACGUUGUCCAUUGCCUGUUGGUUAUGGGGUUUUCUAGUUACUAUCCCUCAUGUAGUUAUACUAUCACAGUUGACAUGUUAUAAAUCAAAGGAAAUAAAUCAUUUUUUCUGUGAUAUUUUACCCCUUUUAAAACUUUCGUGCAAUGACACAUCUCUUUCAAACCUCCUAAUAUUGAUCUGUGGACUUUUUUUGGCAACCUUCCCCUUCCUUUUCACUUUUAUCCCAUAUGGUUUUAUAAUUGCCACCAUUAUGAAGAUUAACUCUACUAGCGGGAAAUAUAAAGCUUUCUACACGUGCUCCUCACACAUCACUCUUGUCAUCCUUCUCUAUUUGACACUUGUCUGCCAGUACCUGAGGCCCAUUUCAAAGGACAGUUUGGAAUCCAAUAAACUCUUCUCUCUCUUUAACACGGCCGCUGUUCCCAUGCUAAACCCGCUGAUAUACAGCUUGAAAAAUAAAGACGUCAAGUCGGCAUUUAGACGCAGAUGGCAUAAAAUUAUAGCUUAA